AUGGACGAAGCCAUUGAGAUUGUUCGGGGCAUGGAUGCUAGUGGUUGUAUGCCUACAUCUUUUAUUUACAGUGUUCUGGUGCAUACAUAUGGGGUGGAAAAUAGGAUUGAAGAUGUUGUUGAAGCAUUCUUGGAGAUGGAAAGGAAUGGAAUCAAAGCUGAUGUAGCCGUCUAUAAUGCCUUGAUUGGUGCUUUUUGUAAAGUUAACAAGUUCAAGAACGUGUGGAGGGUCUUAAAUGAUAUGACUUUCAAAGGUGUUACAGCCAAUUCGAGGACCUGCAAUAUCAUCGUAAACAGCUUGAUUGACCGUGGAGAAACUGAUGAGGCAUUUAGUGUCUUUCGUAAAAUGAUCAAAGUAUGUGAUCCAGAUGUAGAUACAUAUACAAUGAUGAUAAAAAUGUUUUGCGAGAGAAAUGAAUUAGAGAUGGCUCUUAAAGUGUGGAAGUACAUGAAGUUGAAACAGUUUGUUCCCAGUAUGCAUACAUACUCAGUCCUUAUUAAUGGAUUGUGUGAAAACGGUAAUGCUUCAAAGGCUUGUGUCUUACUGGAAGAGAGGAUAGAGAAGGGGAUUCGGCCAUCAGGUGUGACAUUAGGGAGAUUAAGACAGUUGCUUAUAAAAGAAGGAAGAGAAGGUGUACUGAAAUUUCUUCAAGAAAAAAUCAAUCUCCUCGUCAAAGAGCCUUUAUCUGAUUGAGGAGUCAGACUAGCAACUGAGAAAGUUUGGUUUCUUAAUGCAUUACUUACAAGUUCUGGAGUAUAUUGUUGUUGAUGUGCUUGCUCAUGAGAGAAAGACUCAGCUUUUGCAGGUCAGAUUCUUUCCCAUUUUAUGUUUAUGUCAAAUACUGGUCAGCUUGCAUUUUUGUGAAUGUUUGCUGUUUGGUGAGAAACUAGAUAGUUCUAGGGUUUUGUAUCAUUGGAUGGUGCUGAGAUGA